AUGAAAUAUAUUCUAUGUACUAGUCAAAGUCGUCCAGUUGUUGAUACAUGUUUUAAAAAAUAUUCAAAAAUUAUUUGUUGUACAAUACUUUUGAUUAGUCUUCUACUUGGUUUACCAGUUUCAAUUCGUUAUGAACUUAUUGAAACACAACGAAAUAAUUUUACUAAUGAAAAAGUAAAAUCAUUACAAUUAUCAACAUUUGGUAAAAGUAUAUAUUUUCGAUUAUAUUCAAUAACUGUUGAUCUUAUUCGAGCAAUUAUUCCCAGUCUUUUACUUGUAUAUAUUAAUUCAAGAAUUGUCUAUUUAUUAUGUCGUGUAAAAGAAGGUAUGUUUAAUAAAGAGCAAAAAAAUUCACAAGAAGUUUUUUAUCGUUUAACAAUAAGUUUAAUCACAAUUAUUUUCUGUUUUAUUAUGUCUUAUUUUCCUGAUGCUCUUUUAUCAUUAAUAUUAAAUAUGGGUUAUAUUGAAGAAUCUUAUAGAAAACGAACUAUUCGAGAAAUUACAGACUUUUUUGUGACAUUAAAUUCGGCAACAAAUUUUACAAUUUAUUAUUGUAUAUCUUAUACGUUUCGACGUGUUUUGGUACGAUUAUUAACACCGACGAAAAAACACUAUACAACAACCGAUCCAAGAAAUGGUCAACCAUUGAUUUUAUUGAGACAACAUGAACAACCACUAAUUAAUCGAUAG